AUGGAAAACCUUCUUCAUUUCCGCAUCAUUCUUCUCUUUGUCGCUUCCUUUUUUCUUCUUCAAAACGUAACAUCUUUCAAAAACCAAGAUGCCUCAGAAGAAUGGGGUUACGUUCAAGUCAGACCCAAAGCACAUAUGUUUUGGUGGCAUUAUAAGAGUCCUUACAGAGUAGAAGAUCCUUCAAAUCCAUGGCCAAUUAUUCUGUGGUUGCAGGGUGGUCCUGGUGCUUCUGGAGUUGGAAUUGGAAAUUUUGAAGAGGUUGGACCUUUGGAUACUGACUUGAAACCAAGGAAUUCAACAUGGUUGUUAAAAGCAGAUCUCUUGUUUGUGGAUAAUCCAGUUGGAACAGGAUACAGUUUUGUGGAGGAUGAAAAAAAUGAAAAACUUUUUGUGAAAACAGAUGAGGAAGCAGCCACAGAUUUGACAACUUUGUUAAUUAAGUUAUUCAAUAAUGAUGAAAAACUCCAAAAGAGUCCUCUGUUCAUUGUGGCAGAAUCCUAUGGUGGAAAAUUUGCUGUCACUCUUGGAUUAUCUGCUCUUAAGGCUAUUGAAGACAAGAGAUUGAAACUUACACUUGGAGGUGUGGCAUUAGGAGACAGUUGGAUCUCACCGGAAGAUUUUGUGUUUUCAUGGGGUCCUCUCCUCAAAGACCUCUCAAGACUUGAUGAGAAUGGACUGGAAAAAUCAAACAAUUUAGCUCAGAAGAUCAAGAAGCAACUUGAAGAUGGUAAAUUCGUUGAAGCAACCGACACAUGGGGUAACCUUGAGUCGGAGAUCUCUGCUAGCAGCAACAAUGUGGAUUUUUACAAUCUCUUGUUGGAUGAGGGAAGUGAUUCAGCAACCAUAUCAGCAUUGAAACUGGGAUUAUUCAAAGAAACAUCAAUGAGGCGGUACUCCAAGUAUCUUACUUCCAAAAGGAGAAGAUCUUAUUCUCCUGGUGGUGAUAAUGAUCUUGGCACUUUACUAAAUGGUGUUAUAAAGAAGAAGUUAAAGAUCAUCCCUGAGAAUGUCACAUGGGGAGGACAGUCUGAUAAAGUCUUCACUUAUCUUGGAGGUGAUUUUAUGAAACCAAGAAUUGAUGAGGUUGAUCAGCUAUUGGCCAAAGGAGUCAAUGUGACUGUGUACAAUGGACAGGUUGAUCUGAUUUGUGCUACCAAAGGGACCGAAGCUUGGGUUAGGAAACUCAAGUGGGAAGGGCUUAAAAAUUUCUUAGGGAAAGACAGAACUGCCCUCUACUGUGGAAAUAACAAAACAACCAAAGGCUUUUUUAGGUCAUACAAAAACCUACAAUUCUAUUGGAUUCUUGGAGCUGGGCAUUUUGUACCUACUGACCAACCUUGUGUUGCAUUAGAAAUGAUAGCUUCAAUUACACAGUCACCAGCUGCUUGA